UUGUCCACUCCCCUACAUUUGUAUUUCUUUUCUAACUUAUCUUUUGUCCGAAUUUGGUGUUCUUCCUGUAAGUUCAACUACAAUUGGUAUCAGAAAGCUGAUCAGGGCCGACGGGCUGAUAGUUCGGCCCAGUUAUCUUUAUAAGUUUAAUUAUCUUUGUAUUUGCAAUUUAUAUUAGUCCUAGAUAGGUUAUUUAGCAAAAGAGGUGAAGUAGAAGGGACAUAAAUAUCUGUAGACUAUAUAAUCAAGCAAUGAAUUAUGAAGAAACAAUUCUAGUCUCCCUCAAUCUCUUAAGCUCUUGGCAAAGCAUAAGGCCUAGUUAUCCCAAAAUACCCAUCUCCAUAACAUCUGGUAUCUAGAGUCCAGCGAUCCUCUUCCAUCAGCCGGAUCCUCUAGCACCUCCGAUCCUCCAUCAGCCGGAUCCUCUAGCACCUCCGAUCCUCCAUCAGUCGUUUCAAAAAAAAAAAGACAGAUAUCGAUCCAGAUCGCCGCGUCGCCUACCUCAUCCAUCAUGCCGCGCCGCCACAGCAACGCCACCAGCCGCCGCCGCACCCCCAUCACUACCAUUCGCCGCCGCCGCAAUCAUCGAUCCAGAUCUGCCGCAACCCCCCGUCGCCACCCCACCACACACCGCCGCCACCACGCUUUGCCUUGAUGCACUUCCCUAAAUUUGCGGGGAAAUAUGAUCCUGUGGCCUUCGUCAACCAGUGCGACUCCUACUUCCGCCGAGAGCGCAUCAUGGAGGAAGAAAAGGUAUGGCUGGUUUCCUGUAAUUUGGAAGAUGACGCCCGGGUUUGGUUCCUCCAAGUCCAGCACGAUGAAGGCACCCCGGCAUGGCGUCGCUUCACCGAGCUCCUGCACCUGCGCUUCAAAUCGCCCCCAUGCCCCAACCUGCUCCAUCAGGUAUCCCUUGGUGUUGACAACACCCUACGCAUCCUUGCUGAUGUGUCCACACAGCUGGAUCGCCUCAGGGUGCGUCUCCAGGCGAAGGACAAGGAGGAACAUGAACGUCGAGCGGCUGUACGCCUCCGGGCAGCAGCACGGGGACUCCUGGCACGCCGCCAAGCGCAGGCUUUUCAUGCAACAAAAGCAUCUAAGGAGCAAGCAGCGGUGCGCCUACAAGCAUCAGUCCGGCUCGUCUGUUCUUCCUGUGACGUUCCAGGUCUGGUGUCUUCCAGCAACAACCAUGGCAACGCAGCGACCAGCACCACCGGCGGUUCAACCUGUGCCACGAAUUGCAGUGGCCAUCUCAUCUGUUCAGGCGCCCAACGGACUCGUUGGCUGCUACGUCCUCCUCUUUUCAGCCCACGCGACGCUAGUUGUUGGGUCUUUCCCAUGGGAUCCAGGACGCUCUCGGCACCUUCCUCGACCACUAUCACUGUAGCUCGAGGACGAGCUGGUCCUCAAGGGAGGAGGAGAUGUCAUGGGCAGCCAACAGGCAGCCAGGGCCGACAGGCUGAUAGUUCGGCCCAGUUAUCUUUAUAAAUUUAAUUAUCUUUGUAUUUGCAAUUUAUAUUAGUCCCAGAUAGAUUAUUUAGCAAAAGAUGUGAAGUAGAAGGGACAUAAAUAUCUGUAGACUCUAUUGAUAUAAUCAAGUAAUGAAUUAUGAAGAAACAAUUCUAGUCUCCCCCAACCUCUCAAGCUCUUGGCAAAGCAUAAGGCCUAGUUAUCCCAAAAUAUCCAUCACCAUUACACAUCAGCCAUAUGAUUACUGAUGCCUUGCUUCUGCCAAUUAUGCAUUUAUGCUGUGCCUAUUUGGUGGUACUAGAUGCCUUAAGUUAUGUAAACCAAAAGGAAGCAUUGCAGCUUGAAACUAUACUCGUUGAACGGUUUUUUAAUCAUCUUGCACUGUGUGUCUCAUGCAGAUAGAACAACAUUUUCCUUAAAUAGAGAAUCUCAUGUUAACACACUUUG